CUCAUUCAACCUACAUCUCCGUAGUUGACAGCUUCAAAAAAACAAAAAAAGAAGCGUAAAUCCACAUCUCCUGCUUCGCUUCUAGAGAUCAUUGAUCCAAGAUGGUUUCACUUACAAUGAUCGCCCGUGUGGCAGACGGACUACCGCUCGCUGCGUCAAUGCAAGAGGACGAACAGUCAGGGAGAGACCUCCAACAAUACCAGAAUCAAGCCAAACAGCUCUUCCGUAAACUGAACGCCCAAAGUCCAACUCGCUGCACGCUGGAGGCGAGGGACAUGGCCUUCCACUAUUUGAUAGAACAUGGUGUAUGCUACCUGGCCUUGUGUGAAGCCUCAUUUCCCAAGAAGAUGGCUUUUGGGUACCUUGAAGAUCUCCAAACUGAGUUCCAUGAUCAGUAUGGGAAGAAAGUGCCCACAGUAUCACGCCCAUACUCUUUCAUCGAAUUUGAUACCUAUAUCCAAAGGACAAAGAAGUCAUACAUUGACAGCAGAGCCAGGAGAAACCUAGGCAGCAUCAACACAGAGCUACAGGAUGUCCAGAGAAUUAUGGUGGCAAACAUUGAGGAAGUUCUGCAACGUGGAGAAGCCCUUUCUGCUCUCGACACAAAAGCCAGCAAUCUAUCCAACCUCUCAAAGAAGUAUCGCAGUGAUGCCAAAUAUCUCAAUACCCGUUCUACCUAUGCAAAGGUGGCUGCUGGAGCAGUGUUCUUUAUCACUCUCAUCAUCUAUGUACGUUUCUGGUGGCUCUGAU